AUGAAGCUCUUAAUCUUCGCCGUUAUUAUCUCAGUGGUUUUAUUCCCAGUGUUGGUCUCAUCUCGAACGAUAAAAUGUGACCAGUUGAGUGGAAAAUGCAUCAACGGUGAAGAAAAAGAGAUCAUGAACAUGAGAUUAGGUUUGGAUGUGAGCAGCCGUAGGAUUCUACAAGCAUCGAGAUAUAUAAGCUACGAAGCAUUGAAGAAAAACUUACCAGAUAACCGACGUGGUGAACCGGAUCAACGGGAUAACCCAUACCGACGAAGUUGUGAUGUCCAUUCACAUUGUUACCGGUUUACGAAUUAG